AUUUUUUUAAAGCAAAAAAUACAAAAUUAUAUAUGCAGAUGAGAUAUAUGGUGUUGUGGGUGGUGGUGAUGAUGGUCAUAUUGCCAUCUUCUUCCGUCACAGCAAUUUCAAAUAUUUCUUUAGAAAACUGCCCGCAAACAUGUGGGAACAUUAGUGUUCCUUACCCUUUUGGACUUGACCGUCCUGAAUGCGCCAAAAACAGCACCUUCCUGCUUCAGUGCAACCAGAGCAGCCUCUUCCUUUGGAACAUCCCAAUUUACGACAUAUCAAUUGAAAACGGCACCAUCACCGGAGGCCUUCCGGCCGCCUACCAAUGCAACAACGAAUCUUACUGGUGGUCGUGGAAUAUCAGCAUCAACAUCUGGCCCUUCACCAUUUCCCACACUCAGAACAAGUUGAUUGGUUUAGGCUGCGACACCGUGGCCUUAAUGAGCGACAAUCAGGGAAGGUUUGGAAGUGGUUGCCUCUCCUUCUGCAAUGAGCCGGACGAUAUAGAAAGUGAUUGCUCCGGUUUCGGAUGUUGCCAGACUUCCAUCCCCAAGAACCUCAAUACAUUGAAAAUUAGGGCUAAUAGCUCAUCUAAUCACAGUAAUGUUUUGUAUUUCAACCCCUGCAGUUAUGCUUAUGUGGUAGCAAAUUUCUUCGACAUCUCAAAAAUUAAUUUCCUUGGUCUCCCAAAUGAAACAAUAACGAGUACGCCUGCGGUGCUUGAAUGGGCGGUCGGAGACCAGGACUGCCAAGCAAGAGAAGGUCCGUCUGGGUAUAGCUGCGGUUACAAUGCUUACUGCUCUAACUCCAGCACCGGUGGUGGAUAUCGUUGCUCGUGUAACCCAGGGUUCACCGGAAAUCCUUAUCUCCUGAAUGGAUGCCAAGUGAUUGUAGCAAUCAUUGUUGUUAUGGUUAGCACCCUCUUUAUUCUCAUUAUUUGCCAAAAGAGGAAGAAGGAGAAAUAUUUUAGAGAAAAUGGUGGUUUGAUAUUGAAGCACCAAAGAAUCAGGAUUUUUAGUGAAGCAGAAUUAAUAAAAGGAACCAACAACUAUGACACUAGUCAAUUCCUUGGAGAAGGAGGCUUUGGUUCAGUUUACAAGGCAGUUUUAGCAGACAACAUCGAAGUUGCUGUUAAGAAGGCCAAAGAGGUGGACAAGGCAAGAAUAAACCAGGAAUUUCAGCAUGAAAUCGGCAUUGUUUCUCAGGUUAACCAUAAGAAUGUUGUGAAGCUCUUAGGCUUAUGUUUGGAGACCAAAGUUCCGUUGCUGGUUUAUGAGUUCAUUUCAAAUGGAACCCUCUACCAUCAUAUCCAUGGCAAGCGAUCACAAGUUUUAAGGUCAUGGAAGAAUCGUCUGAGGAUUGCUGCAGAGACUGCGCUUGCACUUGACUAUUUACAUUCUUUAGCAGACCCACCAAUCAUUCAUGGUGAUGUGAAGACAAUGAACAUAUUGUUGGAUGAUCAUUACACAGCCAAAGUAUCUGAUUUUGGGGCUUCUGUACUCAUCUCACCAAAUCAAACUGGAAUAGGCUCCAAAAUACAAGGAACACUUGGGUAUUUAGAUCCGGAGUACCUAAUGACUGGUAAUCUGACAACAAAGAGUGAUGUUUAUAGUUUUGGAGUCGUCUUGGUGGAGCUGUUAACUGGGGAGAAGCCUACUUCAGGUGUUAGAGAUGGGGAGAAGAGAAACAUCAUUCAGUAUUUCAUUUUAUCUGUUGAGGAUGGUCGCAUUGCCCAAGUUUUGAAUUUUGAGCCAACGAAUGAUGAGGAAAUGAAGGAAGUAGAAGCAGUUGCUGAGCUUGUGAAGAGAUGCCUUAAUGGUAGUGGCCUAAGAAGGCCAACCAUGAAGGAAGUUGCGGAGGAGCUUACAAGGCUAAAAAAGCUUAGUGAUAACUUUUGGGCUCAAGAGGAAAAUGAAGAAGCUGAGUGCUUGCUAGGAGAAUCCUCAUCAUAUAAUUAUGAAUCAAAUACCAAGAUGGAACAAAUGGAGACCUACACGGUGCACACAACAUUUGACAUUGAACAGGCAUCAACUCUUAGCAUCUAGUCUUUCCUGCUACUAUAAUCUUCCAUAUGUGAUUAGCCAUGACAUUUUCCUAAAAAAUGCUGAGCAUUUGUGAAGGCUUUCCUUGCUACUUGGUUCUUGGUUCUCUAUGUUUAUAUAAGUGUUGUAUUUGCUAAAUUUGAUUUAAGUAGGUCAAAAUGUCUAUAAAAUAUGCUUUUUUUG